AGAGGCCCACCAGAACCAAAAGAAUGUUGGUUUGAUCUAGACGAAAAAAAUAUACAUCUGAUAAGCCUGACUGAUCCGAUCACUGGUGAGAUUACCUUCAAGUGUUUAGAUGGUCUAGUGAAUCAUUUUAACACAAGCAUAUUGGAAGCCAUGAGAUGUAAUAUGGAUAUAAAAUUCAUCAGAUCAGGACCAGCUGCAAAAGCGAUACUGUAUUAUAUAACUGACUACAUCACAAAGUCUCAGUUAAAAACUCAUGUUGCAUUAGCUGCAAUGGAAACAGCAAUACACAAGUUAGAAAUAUAUGAUUCAAACCAUGAUGAUUGCACAUUGCAAGCAAAAAAGAUGCUGCAAAAAUGUGCUCACUCAAUGAUCUCUCACCAGGAAUUAUCGGCUCAGCAAGUCUGUUCAUAUCUCAUGGACUUUGAGGACCAGUUUACAAGUCACAAGUACCAUGGAUUGUAUUGGACCAAUUUUGAAUCCUUCAUUGAAGAAUGCAAUCCA